GAGAGCGAUACAGUCUAGAGAGAGAGAGAGAGAGAGAGAGAGAGAGAGAUAGAGAGGGGAGCUUGAAAUCGAGUCUGGUUAAUUCUUUAUAAUUCAUUUCCUCUCUGUCAGCAUUAAUGGUGUGAUCCGAUCGAAGAUCGUUUACGGAUCCUGGAACUUGCGUAGGCAGGUGAGCUACUCUUUUGCCUUUUGGAAGCUCAUUUUAGAGAGGAAGGGGAAGAUUGAAGAAGGAAAAGAGGAGGUUUGUGAAGCUCAUCGAUCGGUUCCAGAUUUCAGCUCUCCAGGUAGUCUUCAGUGUUCAAAAUUCAUUCAGUCUUUUUUAGGUUAUUUUCUCAGUUUGAGAUUCGGAAAUUAGUUGGGAAGCUGGUAUUGGAGGGGGCAGGUCGGGUUCUUCGGAUGUUUUUGAGGUGAUCUGAAAUUGUGUACAGUACACCGUUUUGCUGAUUUGAACUCUGAAAUUUAUCAGAACACGGGAGUGGAGUGUAUGCCGGUGUAUGCCGGGAAGAUUUAGUUCAGGUGUCUGCGGUCACUUUCUAGCAUAUUUUAGGUGUUGCAGGUUUUCCUUUCGACUGUAUUUCCGACUUCGAGUACAAUGAAGGAGAAGCUAACGUGAAAUAUAAAAUUCGGUUAAUUGAUUGCGAGGAUUUGGUUAUUCUUUAUCUACUUUGAAGCUGUAUAAGUGGAGUUUGGUGGUUCAUUUUUGGUCCCAUUGGAAUUGUUUGAACAAUUGGUGGAAGCCUAGGCUUGACGAAGAAAUAUCAAGAUUUUCUCUUUUGCGUGGGUUCUAGGAUUGUUUUGUAGUGUGCAGAAACCUGGAUGUGUUGAGGAAACUCUCGGAGAAGAAGAAAAAGCUAAUUUUCAAGGUCUUCCAGUUUCUGGAUUUUAUCCGGUGGCAGAAGCUCUUGAGCUUCGAUCCCACCAGAAAUGAAUACCAUAUCUAAUUAGAAGAGGAAGAGAGAACUGAUAAUGGAGGAUCUGUCCAAAUAUGUUCACAGCCCUGUUCAUGUGGCCGUUGCCCGUCGUGACUAUGCCUCCCUCAAACGCAUUGUCUCCACCCUCCCCCGUCUCCCGAAGGCAGGUGAGGUCAGCACUGAAGCUGAGUCCUUUGCUGCUGAGCUCCAGGCUGAUAUUGUCACUGCUGCAAUUGACCGCCGUGAUGUCCCUGGCCGUGAGACCCCUCUCCACCUUGCUGUUCGGCUCCGUGAUGCCGUCUCUGCUGAGAUCCUGAUGGUCGCAGGUGCUGAUUGGAGCCUGCAGAAUGAGCAUGGUUGGAGUGCUCUCCAAGAAGCCGUUUGCAACCGAGAAGACUCCAUUGCAAUGAUCAUUGCCCGGCAUUACCAGCCACUUGCCUGGGACAAAUGGUGCCGCCGCCUCCCACGCAUUGUCACCUCUGCUGCCCGGAUUCGUGAUUUCUACAUGGAGAUAACAUUCCAUUUUGAGAGCUCAGUCAUCCCCUUUAUUGGUCGCAUUGCCCCAUCUGACACCUACCGCAUUUGGAAGCGAGGUUCAAAUCUUCGUGCUGACAUGACCCUUGCCGGCUUUGAUGGGUUUCGUAUCCAGCGCUCUGAUCAAACAUUCCUCUUCCUUGGAGAAGGCUACACUUCAGAAGAUAGUAAUAUAUCUUUACCCCCUGGUUCUCUGAUUGUCCUUGCACACAAAGAGAAAGAAAUAACAAAUGCUCUGGAUGGAGCUGGGGCUCAGCCCACAGAGGCUGAAGUUGCCCAAGAGGUAGCCUUGAUGUCCCAGACAAACAUGUAUAGGCCUGGGAUUGAUGUUACUCAAGCAGAGCUUGUGCCCCAUUUGAACUGGAGGCGACAGGAGAGGACCGAGAUGGUAGGAAAUUGGAAGGCUAAGGUUUAUGAUAUGCUUAAUGUGAUGGUGAGUGUCAAGUCCAGGCGGGUUCCUGGUGCAAUGACUGAUGAGGAACUAUUUGCUGCAGAGGAAGAUGAGAAAAUGCUAAAUGGUGGGGAACAUGAUGAGUAUAAUGAUGUACUGACAGCUGAGGAAAGGAUGCAAUUAGAUUCAGCUCUCAGGACGGGGAACUCUGAUGGAUUUGGCAAUGACGAGGAACAUGGGGAUUUUGAUUCCCAAGAAAAUGGUAAGGGAGGCUGCUCUGAAAGUUUCGAAUCCAAUGGUAUUGCCAAAGAAAAGAAGAGUUGGUUUGGCUGGAGCAAGAAGGGGUCAAAGAAUGGAAGUGAUGACCCUGAGGAUUCAAAGAUUCUUAAGAAGUUCUCAAAGUUGGCCCCAGAAGGUAGCAACCAGAAACCUGUUGAUUGUCUGAAGUCAUCUAAAUUUCUUAGGGAAGAUCUAGGGGAUGUUAAGAAGGGCAAAGAGAAAAGUAAUAAGAAAAAAAAGAAGAGUGCUGCCACAAGUGAGUCCAAGCAAGAGAAUGAGUAUAAAAAGGGAUUGCGACCUGUUUUGUGGUUGACACCUGACUUCCCUUUGAAAACAGAGGAGCUCUUGCCUCUGCUUGACAUCUUAGCAAACAAGGUUAAGGCUGUUAGAAGACUCAGGGAGCUUUUGACCACUAAACUACCUCAUGGUACAUUUCCUGUCAAGGUUGCCAUCCCUAUUGUUCCGACAAUUCGGGUCCUUGUAACUUUUACAAAAUUUGAAGAGCUUCAACCAAUGGAGGAGUUCUCGACCCCUCUCUCAAGUCCGGCACAUUUCCAGGAUCCCAAAGCCAAGGAAUCAGAAGGAUCAACAUCAUGGAUUUCAUGGAUGAGAGGGAGUCGAGGUGUGCAAUCAAGUGACAGUGAAGGUCGAAGUUUUAAGGAUGAGAUUGACCCUUUCCAUAUCCCAUCUGACUAUUCUUGGGUUGAUGCCAAUGAGAAGAAGCGGCGUAUGAAGGCCAAGAAGGCUAAGAGCAGGAAGGGUAAGAGGCAGUCAACAGCAGCCAAAAGCAUAGAUGUGGGGCAUCAAGUGACUGAUGAUAUGGAAGAACAGUAGCAGAAGAUACGGCUUUGUAUACAUUGGCUCUACCAAUCCUUGCAAGAGGAUAAGGUAACGGAGGGAUAUAGCAGAUAUGGAUUUGGGGGUGGGGAAGCAGAAUCCCCUUUGUUUCUAUAUUAAUGAUCUGUGUCUGUUCUCAUAUUUCUUAAACUGAUAUUUGUAUCUGCUUCAAUGAUUAGCUAAUCUACACUUUGGGAUUUGAUUCUUUGCAGUCAAA